AUGUCCAUGAAGACUGGUCAAACGAUUCGGGCACUGCCAGCAGAUGUGGCAGCCAAGAUCAAGUCUUCAACUUCGAUCACUGACCUUCAUGGGGUUGUUCUAGAGUUGGCCAAGAACUCGCUGGAUGCAGGGGCUCAGAUAAUUUCGAUCAGCGUGGACUUCAAACGAGGAGGCUGCAUAGUUGAGGAUGAUGGACUGGGAAUUCUGCCUGAAGAGUUUGAGCCUCACGGUGGUCUGGGCAAACCACAUCACACGUCCAAAUUCGGCAUUACGGACAUGUAUGGUCACCGGGGUCUUUAUCUCUCAUCUUUGGCAUCUUUAUCCCUGCUUACUGUGACAUCCCGGCACAAAAGACAUGCAAGCACCAACUCAAUUGUCUUUCAUCACGCGAGACCCGUGGCCCGUUUGACACCGGCUUUGAAGGGCCAACACCUUCAGCUGCGCGAUCAUGGCACUCGCGUUACUGUCAACAACCUUUUUGGAAAUAUGCCGGUUCGUGUUCGAAACCGGGCACUGGUUUUCGAGAAGGCUGAAGCAGUAGAGAAGGAGUGGGAGACCAUGAAACACAUUCUGGUGUCUCUCAUGCUCGCCAACGGUCAAAUUUCAAAGCUCACCCUGUCUGAUAUGACUCGGCAGAAAAGCGUCACGCUCCAUGCCAACGGGCCAAUCGAUACAGUCGAUCUCGCGCGCGUGGGCACUAUUCUUGCACAAUCUGGCUAUAUGGAACCGCGCCACAUGGACUCCUGGCAAGCAGUAUCCGCACGCACUACAGAUCUGAAAAUACAAGCGGCAAUAUCCACUCUACCGAGUCUUUCGAAAAGAGUACAGUUCAUAUCUCUUGGUAAUGAUCCAAUAUCUUCAUCGCACCCAUCCAAUAUUCUGUACAGCGAGAUUAAUCGGCUCAUGGCUUCUUCUGGGUAUGGUGACCCAGCAAGAUUGUCCGAUUUGGAGAUUUCAACUUGCACCAUGCCAGGAGGCAGGAGGUCAGAAUCGCUGGGCGGUAUGAGAAGCCGAAGCGGAUUAAAGCCCAUUCGUAAAUGGCCAAUGUUCUUUAUUCGCAUCGAUACGGAGCGACUUGGAUCCGUUCAAGACGGCGAUGAUCUCUCUUUUGCCCUCACAAAGUCUUUCCAAGAUAUACAGGAUGUUCUACAAUCGAUGGUGUUGGAAUUUUUGAAACAACAGGAUUUGAAACCAUCCGAAGCUCGGAAAAGGUCCAAGGUGGUUCAUCGUACCCGGAGCAGGUCAGGUACUGCGCGCACACAUGCCAAACGACCUGAAAGCAGUGUCAUGUGUCAUCGAAGUCCGAGUGGGAAAGAAGAUUUUGCACACGGAUUAAAACUGCCACUUUUUGAAAGAUCGCAGUCAGCCAAUACCGAUCUACAAUACAGCAACUGGUCCCGCAUCAAAGCGGCGAAAGCGCCCGAGAAAGCGGCGCUUGAACGAAAGACUGUCAAUCCGCCUGUUUUUGACACAGACGAAAGGCCAUCUUAUUCUAGCCGUGGAUCCUCGCUAUUGCCGCUGCAGAAAUGCGAGUCGAGUCAAAGUCCGCACUUUGGCGCACAUUCUGGCAACGUGGAGUCAACCCACAAAAUCCAGGGUCUUAGAACAACUUGCGCCCACGACAAGUGCCAGGAGCAUGGCCAUUCUGAGUCCACGAGGGACAAAUUGAUACCUUGGGUUGAUCCGCGAACUGGCAAAACGCACCAAAUCAACUCGCGGACAGGGCAAACCGUCAACUUACGAAAGAUUGAGGCUGGCCCUAGGUCCAACAGCUUCUUUACUACGCUGCAGCGGCAAGGUCGGUCUCAAGGACCGAGAACUGCCUCAGCACCCUCGUUGUGGGUGGAGAAUAUGCUGGACUCCUGGGAUAACCCCGUCUUUCCAAGAUCCGAGGCGCGUGUACCGAGUUUGAACUUUGAAAGUGAUCAAGCCAACAUUACGAAGGGCUCAGAUCGCUGCCAAGACAACAUUGCGAUUCUGAACAAGACCCACGUCGCGCGGUUCAAGGGCAAGCUGGGACGUGAGGCCCUAAAAAUGGCCACUAUUGUCGCUCAGGUGGACAGAAAGUUCAUCCUCGCCAAAUUAAACCCCUGCAAGUCAACCUUGCCAGGUCAUAGCGAUUCUCGGGGCGUUCUGGUAUUGAUCGACCAACACGCCGCUGACGAGCGAUGUCGGGUAGAACAACUGUAUGAAGACAUGUUCAUAUCGGGUGAUUUCGUGUCUCGACUUGACCAAGUCCAAACCGUGGAGAUCGAUCCGAUCGUGCUCCGCGUCUCUGCCUCCGAGCUUGCGCUUCUACGAAGGUGCUCAAAAUUUUGGGCUAGCUGGGGAAUCACUUAUAGCAUGGCCACUGACGGCGCUCCUGAAGGGGUCAUUCAUAUCAAGACCUUGCCGACUCUCAUUGCUGAGCGGUGUCGACUUGAGCCUGAACUGCUUGUAGACAUUCUUCGCCGUGAGAUAUGGCUUUGGGAGACCGAAGAAAGACAAGCCGGUAUGGGAAGGCCUGCGAAUAAUUCGCGACCGGAAUGCAACACCUUUCUGGGCGGCGGGGACACAGACUCUAAACAUUCGUGGGUGCAAAAGCUGAAAGGAUGCCCACAGGGAAUUCUCGAUCUUCUCAACUCUCGAGCAUGUCGGGGCGCCAUCAUGUUUAAUGAUCCCCUCGCAAUCAAUGAGUGCGAGGCAUUAGUUGCCAGGCUUUCCAGAUGUGCAUUCCCCUUCCAAUGUGCUCACGGUCGGCCGUCUAUGAUUCCUAUUCUGGACAUGAGAGCUCAGUCUGGCGUUGAAGCUUCUUUGCCCGCUUCUGAUGUGAUAGGUUCAAUUGACAUUGAAGAUGAUCAGCGCGACACAGAUUUUCUGGAUGCGUUCAGGAGACGGUAUGAAAAGUGA